GCGAGGUGGUCAGUAAGUGAUGGCGUGCCUAAAAAACAUAAUCGUAGCGUUGCUCGUUCUGGGCCAGCAGUGUGCCCUUGGGCGAUCGGCGGCCGUAGACCUGGAGGAGCUCGAAAGGGCUUCCACCACUACAGAUAGCACUCUGGAUUGGUGGCAGACCGCGCAGUUCUAUCAGAUCUACCCGCGCUCCUUCAAGGACUCCAACGGUGAUGGCAUUGGAGAUCUGCAGGGCAUUAUCUCGAAGUUGGAUUACCUGAAGGAGAUUGGAGUGACGGCCACUUGGUUGUCGCCCAUCUACACCUCGCCAAUGGCAGAUUUUGGCUACGAUAUCUCUGAUUUCUUCGACAUCCAGGAGGAGUACGGAACUCUGGCGGACUUUGAUGAACUAAUCCUGGAGGCCACCAAGCGAAACAUCAAAAUUGUUAUGGACUUUGUGCCCAACCACUCGAGCGAUGAGAAUGUCUGGUUCCAGAAGUCUGUAAAGCGGGAAAAGGGCUAUGAGGAUUACUAUAUGUGGCACGAUGGCUACAUCAACGCUACCACUGGUGAGCGGGAGCCUCCUUCCAACUGGCUGCAGGCCUUCCGGGGAAGCGCCUGGGAAUGGAACGAGGAGCGGGGCCAGUACUAUCUCCACCAGUUCGCUGUGAAGCAGCCGGAUCUUAACUACCGCAACCCCGCCGUGGUCGCGCAGAUGAAAAGGGUGCUCACCUAUUGGCUCGAUCGUGGAGUGGCUGGGUUCCGUAUGGAUGCCGUGCCCUGGUGCUUCGAGGUCUUACCCGACGCAAAUGGACGUUAUCCCGAUGAGCCCCUCAGUGGCUACACGGACGACCCGGAUGACUCCUCGUAUUUGAAGCACAUUUACACCCAAGACCUGUAUGAAACGGUUGACAUGGUGUACCAGUGGCGCACUCUUAUGGACGACUACCAGCGCAUCCACGGAGGCGAUACCCGCGUCAUCAUGGUGGAGACCUACUCUGGUCUGGACUACGUAAUGCAGUUCUACGGAAAUCGCACCACCAAGGGUGCUCAGAUUCCCUUUAACUUCCAGUUCAUCAUUGGUGGCAAUGGCGAUAAAAAUAAUACUCAGCUAAAUGCGGCCGGUUUUGUGAAGAUCAUCAAUAGUUGGCUAACUCAGAUGCCAGCUUCCAGGACAGCUAACUGGGUGAUGGGAAAUCAUGACCAAAGGCGUGUUGGCAGUCGGUAUGGGGAGAACCGUAUUGACCUGAUGAACAUGCUCCAGAUGUUCUUGCCAGGCGUCAGCAUCACCUACCAGGGCGAGGAGCUGGGCAUGACGGAUCUGGACAUCAGCUGGGAGGACAGCCGGGAUCCGGCGGCUUGCAAUUCCAAUGCGGACAUUUAUGAACAGUUUACCCGAGAUCCUGCCAGAACUCCCUUCCAGUGGAGCGAUGAGGCCAACGCUGGCUUCUCUACCAAUGCGACCACCUGGCUACCUAUCAACCCGAACUAUGUGACGGUGAACGCAAAAACGGAAAACGCCACAAGUCCCAGUCACUUGAGCCUGUACAAGCAGAUGGUGGAGCUCCGAAAGCUUAAGACUCUGCAGUCAGGAUCCACUCGAUACGCGAACGUUGGCGAGAAUCUGUUGGCCAUCAAGAGAUCGCUGACCGGAGAGGCUACCUAUGUUCUGGUGGCCAAUGUUCUGGACACUAGCGUUUCUGCUCUGGAUGUGGCCAGUGCCCUGUAUGCCCAGGGCAACUACAAAAUCAAGUUGGCCAACCCGCAGGCCACUGCCACCGUUGGUGACAGCGUUACCCUGAGCAACUUGUCGCUGGAGCCAUAUGCGGCCCUCAUCUUGGAGUCUGUCUAGAGUUUACAUAAUCAUAAGUUUUAAAAGAACAACAUGCCACAACAUACAUAAAGUACAUCGAUAAUGUGGCCUUUUA